GAUAUAUUGAAACUAUCAGUUGAUCAAUACGGCUGCCGUUUUCUUCAAAAAAAGUUGGAUUUGGAUUCUUCAAUCAAAGAUGUGAUCUUCAACAAGAUUUUCAAUAACUUGAUCAAUUUGAUCAUAGAUCCAUUUGGGAACUAUCUUAUUCAAAAAUUGAUAGAUCAUCUUUCAACUUAUCAAAAAGACUUGAUGAUUGAAAAAAUCCAUGGAUACUUGUUUUUGAUUUCGAUCAAUCAAUAUGGAACUAGAAGUUUACAAAAAAUCAUUGAUAAGAUUUCAAAUACCUAUCAAAUUGACUUGGUUAUCAAAGGUUUACAAAUGAAUGAUGUUCCAAAUGUUAGCAUUGAAGAUAAUAACAUUGUAAAACUUAUUAAAGACUUGAAUGGUAACCAUGUUAUUCAAAAAUGUAUUUUCAAAUUUCCACCUGAAAAAUUUCAAUUCCUUAUAGAUUCAAUUUGUAUGGAUAAUAACAUUGUUAGAAUCUCAACUCAUAAACAUGGCUGUUGUGUUUUACAAAAAUUGUUGAAUAAUGCAAAUUUCAAUCAAAUUUUGAAAAUUUCCAAUAAUCUGUUGAUUUAUUUGGAUGAUUUGAUCAAUGAUCAAUUUGGUAACUAUAUUAUUCAAUUUUUAUUUGAGUUAAAUUUUUUGAAAAGUUCAAACAGUAUUAACUUUUUGAUUGAUGAUUUCUUCAACAGAAUCUAUGGUAACUUGAUCCAAUUGUCAUGUCUUAAAUUUUCUUCAAAUGUUGUUGAAAAGUUUAUCAAAAUUUUGAAACAUAAACAAAAUUAUGUCUACUUAAUUGAAAUCAUCAAAUUUGUUGACUCCAAUUUUGAGAUCUUAAUCAAGGAUAAGUUUGGUAAUUAUGUCAUUCAAACUUUAAUUGAUCAAUUCUAUGAUGUUGUUGAAUUGAGCACUGAAAUGAACAAUUUGAUUUUGAAUAUCAAAAGUUACUUGCCAGUUAUAAAAUCUGCACCAUAUGCCAGAAAAAUCCAAUUGAAAAUUCAGCAAUUGGAAACAAACUAUAACUUGAUGUCUUCAGCUUCUUCAAUUAAUUCAUUUGAAAGAAAUGGGGGACAUGGUGGGGGCAACUUUCACACAAACUCGGCGUUUCAGUUUGAUAAUGAUCAAUUCAGAAAUCCAAAGAAUCAGUAUUAUAUGAAUUAUAAUUCCAAUCCUCAUUUCAUCAAUGAUCAACAAUUCAUCUCAAGCUCAACUCAAUUUAUAUACCCACCACCUCCAACGAAUUCAGAUUUUCCUGCACCAAAUCAAUUCCAAUCCCAAUGA